UCAACAUGAGUACCUAAAUAGCGUAUGAAGGCUCCACAUAUGUAUUAAUCGGAGAAUGAUCGUGGAUUGUUCUUAUAUGGCACCACCGGGAGAGGUUUUGUAACACGCAUGAUUGUUUUGAAGGUGGAACGAAUUUGGACAUGGCCUCAUCUUUUCAUCUGCCGAGAAACAACAGCACCAGAGACACGUUAGAGAACACGAGCAGCGAGUCUUCUGACAAUGAAACUGCAGAGCGCGACAGAGCACUGAGACCACAUAUCAAGUCCGAUCUCAUCUCCGCAGAAAAGGAGCGAUCUGUCGAGCAGAGAAGUGACGAUGGAAACGCGGAUGACUCCAAGAAGAAGAAACAGAGACGGCAGAGGACUCACUUCACCAGCCAGCAGCUGCAGGAGCUGGAAGCCACUUUCCAAAGGAAUCGAUACCCAGACAUGAGCACCAGAGAGGAGAUCGCCGUGUGGACCCACCUCACAGAGGCCCGAGUCCGGGUCUGGUUCAAAAACCGAAGGGCGAAAUGGAGAAAGAGGGAGCGUAAUCAGCAAAUGGAUUUGUGUAAGAACAGUUAUCUGCCCCAGUUCAGCGGCUUAAUGCAGCCUUACGACGACGUCUAUCCGGCGUACUACAACAACUGGACAAACAAAGGACUGACUCCAACCCCACUGUCCACCAAGAACUUUACCUUCUUCAAUUCCAUGAACCCUCUCACGUCCCAGUCUAUGUUCUCAGCCCCAAACUCCAUCUCGUCCAUGAGCAUGGCGUCCGGGAUGGGACACUCUGCCGUGCCCGGCAUGCCAGCGACGGGCCUUAAUAACAUCGGCAAUCUCAACGGCAUCGGCAGCGCCACGAUCAAUUCCGCCAUGAGUUCACCCACAUGCCCGUACGGGCCUCCGGGCUCCCCGUACAGUGUGUACAGAGACACUUGUAACUCUAGCCUUGCGACGUUAAGACUGAAAUCAAAGCAGCAUCCGUCUUUUGGAUAUAGCGGCUUGCAGAGUCCCGGCUCUAGUCUGAACGCAUGCCAGUAUAAUAGCUGACGAGUUAAACAACCGUACUGGAUUAGGUGCAAUCGGCAUUUUCACACGAAUUAUGCGGAUUGUCUGUGUUUACCUGAACUUGCACAACAAUUUAAAUGUCCAUUUUUGAGGAUUUCAGCGUUAUGCAGACAGACACAUUCACACAUUGUAUAAGUUAUAAGGUGGGACGAUGGAACAACAUUUGAAAACAAUUCAGUGCUCUAAAUGAUAACAAUUGGGUUGUCAAAGCACGAACCUGACAUUAGGCCUCGAUCGCCUGCUGUAUUCUUGAACCGCGUUUGUGAGUGACGUUCUCUUGUAUUUCGUGUCAUGCAGAGGUGGUAUUGUCCUCGUGGACUCUCAUUCACAAUCUGGAUUCUUUCCUCGUAGUUGUUUCAUUGUCUGGAAAACUUUACCGCAUGCUAUAGUGAAAAAAUUUUUUUGUACGGAAUUAUAUGAAUGUGUAGCUAUAACUUUAUAUUGUACUCAUGUUGAUUGAAAUUAUGCUUAUAUGUUAUGGUAACGUUUUGAAUAAACUUAAA